AUGUCGGGUCCUCCAUCAUCUUCCAACCCGCGCCGGCGGCCGGCUCGCGCUGGUGACGCCGCCUCUUCCUCCACCGACUCUGCCGCCCUCGCCGAUUGCUUCCAAAGUAUGUCAAUCCGCAAAGGCGAUACCUUUCACCCACAAUCGAAUACCUGCCAGAGCGACUUUUGGGAUCCACUCGAAGAACGAAUCGGCACUCCCUCUACACUGCGCUCCACCACUUCUCCCAAAGCUUUGGAGGAUCUUCUUGUCGGCGCGGGAGAGCGCCGUGUAGCGACCCUGCUGGAACGUGUCGAUCAGGCCGUCGCCAUCAACUCCAAGCAGGCGUUAGCAGGCAUCCUCAGCGAGCCCGAAGUUCUUCCAUUGCCCAAAUUGACCGUGACGGAAGCCUCACGAGACAGCACGCCCACCGCUCGACCUCGCACUCAUAGCCAUUCGUCCGACAGCGGCCUUGGUUCUAGUAUCGCCGAUUCGAUGGAAAUUGAGAAAUCGUCUCCCAGUACUGGUCAGAAAUGCUCAAACGUGUCUUUGCCAUCACCCCCUUCUAACAUCACCCCAGUCGUUCAUUCCACACCGUCCGAUCAGAUAGACUCCAUGUCGAGCGCCGCCGAUGAAGAGCGUGGUCUCAGUAAAUAUGCCGCAGAGCAGAUUCACAAGCAUAUCGUAGAGCCUAUUCUUCGUGAAGAGUCUCUCAAAGAGUUCCAUGAGCUCAUUGAGAGUGUGCCAUUACGAAUUGGAGAUAAAGAGAUCAAAACACUCCGUGAUCUCGAAAAGACUCUAAUCUUCCUUGCACCGGAUUACUCUCGAUCACCAUCGAAAUAUUUGCGAUUUUGUGAACGGACAAUUCGAGUUUUGCACACGACGGUUACGACACUUCACGAGUCCGACCAACGAGCGCCGACAGACCGACCGUAUACGCAGGGUUAUUUCUUUGAUCUGGUUGAGCAGAUUCGCAGAUAUGCCACCAUCCUCGCUGUAACCCGCGAAAAAGAAGCCAAGGGCGAGAAACUCGACAAGAUGGACGUGCAGAAGGACGAGAAAGUCAUCCUUCAAGGUGGAAUGAGUCAUAACGGCAAGCCUGCCGAGUUAGUCCGUCAAACUGCUGACGGAAAGAUUAUAUCUAUCACGACCGGCAAGGAACUCUCCGAGGCAGAGCUUGCCUCCGCUUCUUCCAUGAAGCGUCCUGCAGAGCUCGAUGUCGACGAUGAUGAGGCCUUCCGGUCGAUGGCCCGGCGAAAGAAGAAUGCCAAGCCAGAGAUUCAUACCUGUGAACUUUGUCAGAAAGAGUUCAAGCGACCGUGUGACCUGACGAAGCACGUCAAGACGCAUGAGCGACCAUGGAAGUGCAGCGAAGUGGACUGCAAGUACCAUGAAUAUGGAUGGCCCACCGAAAAGGAGCGAGACCGACACGUCAACGACAAGCACUCUGACACUCCUGCUCUCUAUCACUGCCAGUUCAAACCGUGCCCGUACACCUCGAAGCGUGAGUCAAACUGCAAGCAACACAUGGAGAAGGCCCACGGAUGGAACUAUGUUCGAUCCAAGAACAACGGCAAAGCUCGUGCUUCCAUCACCGGCCCACUCCCAACUGGCUCAAUCCCACCUUCACCGGCAAUGUCAUCACGACUCACUCCCAUCGCACCCAGCCCGAGCACCAAAUCAUGGGCUGCGUCAUCGCGGAGCGGCUCCAUGGCCCCGCCAUCCAUCGCCGGAUCGAGCAAUCACAUCACCCCCUUUGUACAACCCUCACCGGACUUCGCCAGCCAUUUCAACAUGAACUUUGAUUUCAAUGACAUGGCUGGCUUUCCCACUUCGGCCUUUCCCGUCACACCAGCGAUGAGCGCUGAGCGUCGUGCAUCCGGAACAUUGUCAUCUUACUCGGAUCUACAAUUCGACCAGAACUCGUUCGAUAGCCUCACCCCCGCCGACCUUGUCUUUGACGACUUUUCUGACCUGAACAACUUCACUGGCAACUAUGGCGCCUACACUCCCAACUCCGCUGUCGGAUCGAGCGCCUCACUCGACUUCCCACAUAUGUCUCCCGCGCAGCACAUGGAGAACGCGUUCACCUGCGAUGCCAUGAACCUCGACGGCAGUGCAUACAUGGAUGCACCCCAACUUGUCUCGGCCGGUCCAGAGCAGGACUUCACCUUGUUCGGCGGCGGCAACCUCCACUCGGGCGGCGCGACCGGUUUGUUCCCUUCGUUGGCCAGUCCUAACUCAUGGAACGAGUUCGACGCGUCAGGACCCCACUCCUCGCAACAACAGCAGCAACAUGCGCCUCCUCCGCAACUUCUCGUGACUAACAGCACAAUUGCGGAAUUAUUUCCGGAGUUGCACGGUCAAUAG